AUGGCCGCCGUCACUCAGUCUCAAGUAGAUCACUUAGUUACUGAAUUACUACCUCAUGUGGAUACAGAAACACAUCAGGAAGAACUAGGGUUAAAAGUCUAUAGAUGCUUUCUGAAUGCUAAACCAGAAUAUAUUUGUAAAUUUUCAAGACUUCAAGGACUCGAUGUUAGUAAUUUCGCACAGUCGGAAGGACUUAAAUACUACGCAAGAACUUUGGUCGGAGCUCUUGUGCCAAUAAUUAAAGCUGGAGCGAAUAAGUUUGAAUUGGAUAAACUUUGCUUGAAGGAAGCUGUUGAGCACAGGACUCGUCAAGUUAACAAUCAAACUUUUUUAGAUUCACUGCCAAUAUUUAUUGAAUUUUUUAAUGAUCAUAUCAACGACAAACAAAAUAAAGAAACAAUGAGUAAAAUAUUGACUUAUGUCUUUACAACAAUCGGUUCUCAGAUUUAA